UGCUGGCUCUCUUUCCAGCCGGCGGGUGCUACUAACAGCAACAACUUUAGUCUUAGUUCGAUGAAAUAUUUCAAAUGACUUGCGCAGAACUUGAAUCGGCAGCCACAGCAAGUAUGCCCUUCGAGCAUAUUCUGCAUGUAAGUGCGCAAGCAAGAAUCUCAUUUAAGCAUCGCGGUUCCGUCGAUUUGCUUCCGCGGAGUUGACGUUUGUUUUGGUUCUAUGACGAUGCUUUGAUUGAUACCCAGCUAAUCCUGCUGGUGCAUCGUGAACGAUCAAAUUCAAUAAGAAAUGAUUCGAUUUAUAAUUUGUGAAUAGUGAUGUGGUGUGAUUGAGUAAUAUAGAAGCGGUUGUGUACAUCGGAGCUUAUCACUUCCUCAAUUGAUGUUUGUGGGUUCGUGAUUAGGCAGUGUUAAGCGCUCAGCAAAACGAUGGCGUUCUCAGAGUAUUGGGUGAACAGCGCAGAUGCAAUGUUGCCAGGUGAACGAGUAGUAACUGCCGCAGACUUGGUUGCACUGUACGAGGAAAAGCACCUCGUUCAUGGAAGGGGCCUUUUGAAGUUGACAAACCAACGCCUGCUUUGGAUUGGUCCGCAGGUUUUUUCGAUGAAUCUAGAUAAAAUAUUGAGCACUUCAUUCGAUGCUGGCACAUGGACGAAAAGUGAGAAAAUUAUCGUUGCGGUCAGCUCUGAGCUGACAUUCCGACUUUCGUUUCGAGGUGGCGGAUGCAAGGAUUUUUUACAGAGAUUGGAGGCUGCUCUUUGUGCUAAGGAAUGGCUGUACGGAGUUGCUCGUAAGGGACAUGGAAUUGGUAUCGGUGGAAUACAGAAGAAAAUUCAAACUAGGGCCGAACAAACGGAUCUGUAUAUUUCAGCAGCAUUUGAAGAUUUAUCAAAUUUGAUGGCCUCAGCAAAAGACAUGGUCGAACUUUCGCAGAAGCUUAUGGUAAAAUCAAAAGACAAAGGACUCACCGACGAUGAAACUGUACAAUUUCGUAGUCAGCUACUUUCCAUUGGUCUCACUGAAUUUGGAAGUCAAGUAGGGUACUCCGGUGAUAAUCAGUUACAACAAGAGAUCAUUUGUGUACUUCUUCCGGUCUGCGAAAGCUCAUCUGGAAUGAUCUCUCUUACGGAAGCGUAUUGUCGUAUUAAUCGGGCGCGGGGCCUCCGACUGCUUUCGCCAGAGGAUAUGUUAGCGGCUUUAGAACGCAUCAAGCACCCAAUUAAACUAACUACAUUCACGUCAGGUUUACGGGUAGUGCAGUUAUCAAGUUUAGAUGAGUCGGCAUGGAAGGAUAAAAUUGUAUCUUUAAUAGAAGAAGCGGGUAGCCUUAGCGCAGAAGAGCUGGCCACUUGUUUGAAGACAUCGGCUGUGCUAGCACUUGAACGACUGCUGCAGGUGGAGGGGUGUAAUCGCGCCUGUCGAGAUGAGAGCGUUAAUGGACUAGUCUUCUAUCCAAACCGCUUUCUAGAAGGCAAAACAGCAUAGUCACCCGUUUUCAGAAGGGGACCGAACCCGGCAUGCCAGAGCUCAGCCUAGGAAGCCUCUUCUGGCUCUAACGGAACAGACCUUACUGGAAGAGAAGAAUCGCAAUGUAUACAUUUUAAAUAUAAUAUUAUAAAACAAUAAAUUUCCUUUCAAUUA